UCCUCUCGAGAACUUCUCUCUUCGCUCUUGCGGAACACCCUUUAGUAUCUUCCCCUCUCCUCUCGGCCGCCCUGCAACCAGCUCGUCUCUACCUAGGGCGCGAGGAAGACCUUGCUACCGGCGAGGGAGACUCCAAAGAUUCUCAUUGUUCUGUCCUCCUUCUCGCGGAAGCAACAGGAGCAGCGGCUCAAACUCUCAAUGAGGUGCGAGAAGCUCUGAGAAGGAAGACGGUGGCCGAGGCAAGAGACAAGCGAGUGCUCACGCCUGCUAAACUUCGUCUGCUAGACCCAAAAAAAGAACAGACGGCUGAACAAUAGGUGCUCUCAAAUCCUCUAAAUAGGGGCUUGGGUCGUCGCCGGGAAAAAAAAAAGAGCACCGGUUGGGUUUCCCCUGGCUGCGAUGGACAAAACAAAAACAAAAAAGAACGACGGGGGAGAUGGCCAACAACUGAAGCAACUAUCAAAUACUUUCUGCUAUAGUUUUGGGUCUCUGCUGGUAGAGAAGACCGAACGGAGCGGUUGCGGGUCUCUGCUGGAAGAGAAGACCGAACAGAGCAGUUGCGGCCAAGGUGUUUUGGGUAGUCCAUGUCCUUGCGUGUCUGCUGAAACAAGAGCAGCCGUGGGUUUCCGGUUGUUCCAGAGUGUCCGGUUUACAGAAGAAGAAGAAAAAACAAUUUAUCAGAGGCUUCCAAACGCAGGUUACAACACGAAGGUUCGGCCCAAGAUCUCUGCGCACAAGCUUAGCCUGCAACAUAAACCUGCAGAACCAAAAACGGGAAGAAAAGAAACAAGAAAAGAGAUUUUCACAGGUUUGCUUCUAGGAGGCGCAGCUUAGCUAAUCAUGUUGAUUAAUCCUAAGCAAAUGAUAAACUGGGUUUUUAUAGACGGCCUCAUAAGUUUUCUCAAUGCCCAGCAACGAACGGUUAAGCCAAAGAAAUUAAUUUUCUCAAUUAAUUGGCAAUUUUCUUAUUUAAUCAGGUAUCCAACAAUUUGAUGGUACAGUUGAAUUGGAACAGCUUUUGUUGUGCUUUAGAUUUUCAAUAUACCCUGGUUGUCUAUGUCAUAAAGUUUGACUAUUGUAGGCCAUUUACUUUGAAUGCCUUUGUUACCAAAUUUUACACCAUCGAAUAAUACAAUUAUUAGCUGGAUGCCAUUUUCUUUUAUACGAUCCGACCUAGCGAUUUGGUUCAAAAUUCAAACAAAACGUACUCUAAAUCUAGUUUCCUAGUUUGAUAAAAAGCAGCGUCUAUUGAUGAUAGAAAAUGGAAAAUUUUGGUUGACGCCGGAAAUAGAAGGCCCUCUAACUGCUCGGAGAUCAUCUCUCUAUAAAUAUAUAUGUGUUUCUGCUCUCUUCUUUUAAACCCUCCAAGAUCGAUCGAUCGACCGAUCACGUUCCUUGCCAAAACCUCAGCUUUCACAGUAUCCACCUUAGAUUUCGGUCGCCUCCAGAAGAUCAGGCAUCAAUUGAAAAGCAAACAUGAAGAACAAGACAGAAGGAGGGAGUUGCAGCAACAGGGCAGACAAUGGCGGCCUCUUCUUGCUGGCCGAAGAGGCUGAACGACAAGGGUGCUCGAAGCAGACGGGGAAGGAGGUGGAAGCAGAGAGAGAGAGGGCCUCGCUGUUCCCGUUCCUCAAGAGCACGAGACACCGGAGCAAGGUUCUUGGGUGGCCGGAGGCGGUGGUCAGGUGCCAUGCCAUGUUGCCGCUCGUAAAAUCCGUUUGCGUGAAGAAACUGACGGCGACGGACACCAGGAGCCACCACAAUCGUCUGCUGUUCCGUAGAGAAGACGUGCAUGACUUGGUGUUCGAGGAGUUGAAGGAAGCGGAGAGAAGGAUGGUGUGCGAGGAAGGCGGGAACGGCCUGCUGGUUCCGACGCUCGACGAGGCGGGUCGGCCGUGGGCACUUGUCCUCAUCUACUGGUCGAGCAAUGGGUCGUACGUCCUGAAGAAAGACUGGACCAAGCUCGCCGACUCUAAUGGCUUCCAUGCACAUAUCGACAUUGAGAUCUUCAGCUUCAGGCAGCGCACGAGCGGAAGGCUCUGUUUCGUCAUCAUCCGUCGUUCCCCUGCUACUGGUCAUGCAUGGUGACCCACAGGAGAUCGAUGAUGAUGAUCAGGGAGAGUAAUGAGGCGGCUUAAUGGGACACUUGAUUCAUCGACUGAUUUUUUAGGAUCGGGGAGCAUACAGUGGCUGGCUGGCUGAUAUUUUUGUCCAUUAAUAUUCCUUGUUAUAUUGUCAUAGUUAAUAAUGGCAGGAUGCCACUUAUACAAUUCUUCAUGUAUUAAUUCUUCUGGUCGU